AUGUGGACAAGCUGGAUCACUGCAGCUAGCUUAGCUGCAACGGCGACUCUCGCGGUGGCCAACGAUGAUGCGUACGAAACCAAAGCUCAAGCCAUUGUUGACGGCUUCUCGACGGCGCAAGUUAUCGGCCAGAUGACCCAGGUCGACAUCAGUACUGUCAUGAACAAAGAUAACACUUUGAACGAGGACUAUGUUCGCGCGUACGCCCAGCAGUAUGUCGGUUCGUACCUCAACACCAUUUGGGACGAACCUCUCGGAGAAAAGUACGGGUGGAACGCCACAGAAUGGCGAGCUGUCGUGAGCCGUAUCCAGGAAAUCACCAUGGAGGAGAACGGGGGCCAUCCCAUCAUUUACGGUCUCGACUCGGUACACGGUGCCAACUACGUUACCGGUGCCGUGAUCUUCGGUCAACAGAUCAACAGCGGUGCUAGUUUCAAUCCCGAUCUGGUUCAUAAGGCAGGCCAGAUCACUGCACGUGACACCCAAGCUGCUGGAAUUCCGUGGGUCUUCGGACCCAUUCUCGAGAUCUCGCAGAACCCUCUCUGGUCGCGCACUUACGAGACGUUCAGCGAAGACCCGUACCUCGUUACGGUCUUGGGAGAAGCACUUGUCCGCGGUCUUCAGAGCUAUAACCAAACUGGGGCCUGCAUGAAACACUUCAUCGGGUAUUCCAAGACCCCUACGGGCCACGACCGUGACAACGUUAUCAUGGACGACUUUGACCUGCUCAACUACUUCCUGCCUCCUUUCAAGGCUGCGAUCGAAGCCGGUGCCUUGUCGACGAUGGAGAACUACAUCUCGAUCAACGGUGAGCCUGUGAUCGCCAAUCCCCGUAUCCUGAACGACCUUCUGCGUUCAGAUCUGGGUUUUGAUGGUCUUCUGGUUUCCGACUGGGCUGAGAUCAACAAUCUAAAGGAUUGGCAUCGCGUCGCUGAAACUUACGAGGAUGCCGUUCGUUUAUCGCUGACUCACACGUCGCUUGACAUGAGUAUGGUCCCGAAUGAUACUUCUUUCAUCAACUACACCGAGAACAUGUUGGUGGGCUACCCUCAAUACGAGACCCGCCUCCGUGAGUCUGCUAAGCGCAUCGUGAAAAUGAAGCUCAAGCUUGGACUUUACGAAAACCCGGUCCCUGGUGAGGAGUUCGAGUUCUUGGUAGGUAACGACGAAGACAAGGCGGUGGCUCUGGAUCUGGCACGCGAGUCGAUCGUGCUCUUGAAAAACAAUGAGAGCGUGCUGCCGUUGGCCAAGGACGCCUCCGUCUUCCUAACCGGUCACUCUGCUGACAACGUUGGGUACCAGUGCGGUGGAUGGAGCAUUGCGUGGCAGGGAUACUCCGGCAACGAGAUGUUCCUGAACGGUAUCUCGGUGCGUCAGGGCUUUGAAGACUUGGUUGGUAACAACUCAUUCACCUACUUCAAUGGCCUGUACGAGAACGGCACAUACUCGGAGGCGGACCUCGCCAAGGCGGUGGAACUUGCCGGCCAGCACGAGUACACGAUCGCUGUAAUUGGUGAGAAGCAGUACACUGAAAAGCCUGGUGACAUUGACGACCUGGCAUUGCCCCCUGGUCAGAUCGAGUAUGUUGAGGCUCUUGCUGCCACAGGAACCAAGGUCAUCAUCGUAUUGUUUGAAGGUCGUCCUCGUCUUCUCGGCUCACUACCGGAUACUGCUAGCGCUAUCAUCGAUGGUUUGCUACCCUGUGAACUUGGUGGUAAGGCGAUGGCUGAGAUUAUCUACGGUGACGUGAACCCCAGCGGAAGACUUCCGAUUUCUUACCCGAAGGACCCGGCGAACGUUGCGAUUCCGUACUACCACCGUGUUAACACUCAGUGCGCUUACGACCACUGCUGGAUGCAAUGGGACUUCGGUGCAGGUCUCAGCUACACUGAAUUUAACUAUUCAGCGGUGUCUCUUGAUUCGACGACGAUCACGAAUGCGGAUGCUUUUACUGUCACUGCUACGGUGACGGUCACGAAUGUGGGAACCCGUGCCGGUAAGGAGACCGUCAUGCUGUUCCUAACCCAGCCGUACCGCACAAUCUCUGUUCCUGAGGUGAAAAUGCUGAAGAAGUUUAAGAAGAUUGAGCUUCAACCCGGUGAGUCCCAGGACGUGUCGUUUACCCUAACGGCGGAUGACUGGAGCGUAUACGAUCCGCAGAUCGGCAACGGCUUCAAGAAGGUCACGGAGGACAGCAACUACGUGGUGGCCAUCAAGCCUGAUACCUGGUGCAACGUCUACAAGAACAUUACGAACCCACUCUGCGCCGUGUUCAAGAUUGACACUGGACGUGACAACUUCGGUCUCCCCCCUCCGGUCGCGAACGUCACUGGCACGGAUGCUCCUGUCCUUCAAGGCACCGUCGCGAUCCCCGGCACUACUGAACCACCCGCUGAUGAAGCUGGAGCUGGAACUGUCGAGGCGGGCAACUACUAAAGCCGCUUUAGAAUCUGAUGGUUAGAUUUCCAUGUGUUUUCAAACUAGCACUCGACUGCUAGCACGAGUAAAACCUAAAACAAGACAAGC